AUGAAAUUACGCGCCUCCAUUUUCUCUCUCCUCCUCCUCCCCCAUCACCACCGCAUCCACCACCGCCGACAAAUCCCACAACUCUCUUUCCCUCUCUUCUUUUCAUCAACCGCUGAGCUCAAACCAAACCACCCAACUCCCCAUAAAAUCUCCCUAUCAUACCCAAAUGAAUUCAUCCCUCAAUUUUUUUCCCUCGCAAAAACCCUAUUUCAAAACCCUAGAAACUUCAAAGCCCUAUCCCAAUUGGAUUCUCUUCUAUCCCAUUCCCAAUCCUUCGAUUCUGUUACUUCAGUUGCCAUUAUUGAGGGUCUCUGCCAAUUGAAGAAGCUCAAUCGAGCAAAAAACUUGUUCUUGCAUUUGAAGGACAAUUUGAAGGUGAACCCUUAUUUCGCAUUUAGUUUAGUGUUUGAUUGUUUGGUUAAAGAUGGGAAAUUAGACGAUGUUGAGGUUCAAUGGGGUGAAAUUAGCAAUGGGUAUGGAAUUAAUUUAUCUGAUUAUGUGAUUUAUGUAUCUAAAUGUGGCGAUUUGGAUGAAAUUAAGAAGGUUUGUGACAGAGUUUUGAUGGGUAGUAGGGUUUUAGAGAGACAAAGUUAUGUGGCUUUAAUUGGGGUUUUGUGUAGGUAUAAUGAAGGAUCAAUGGCGAAAUUGUUGCUUCAUGAAAUGUACUGUAGGGGUUUUAACAUUGAUGAUGUUACCUACAUUGUGAUAUUUCAAUGUUUAUGUAGAAAUGGGGAUUUAAAUGCAGCUGAUUGGGAACUUAGGAAAAUGAUUACAGCAGGUUUUGAUGUUGAUAUGUGUAUAUAUGAAAGCUUCAUGCAUGGAUUAUGUAAAAAUGGGAAGUUCAAGGAGGCAAAGAAGUUGUUUGACAAGUUGAUGAAGAGAGAUUGCUUCACUGGUUCUUCUAAACCCGAGUUCUUGAAAAAAGGGAGAAGGGUGGUUUUUCAGCUGAAUUAUAACGGCGAAUUUCCUGAAAUAAUGGUAUAUGAGAUGUAUAUUCGAUCUUUAUGUGUUGUAGGAAAGCUUGAUGAUGCAGAAGUGUUGUUGAAGAAGAUGAUGAAAAAAAGUUCCAUGGCACAGGUUUGUGUAUACGGAUCUUUCAUCAACGCGCUGUUUAGGAAUGGUAGGGAAGAAGAUGCACUAAAGUUCUUCCAUGUUGAGUGCAAGAAAGGGCUUGUUUGCUCUAAUCAGCUUGCUAGAUACAUGUUUUUCCAGUAUUGUGAGAAGGAUAGAGUUGAUGAUGCUACGAAGUUUUUCAAUAUAAGAACAGUCUCAUCAUGUAAAGAUGGUUGUGGGCCUGGUCGGGUUGGGUCGGGCCAAAACAGGGCCCGUAUCAACCCUGUUGCUGAUUGUAAUUGUUUGUUGGGUAGUCUAUGGAGUGUUGGGAGGAUAUUGGAAGCAGAGAAGUAUUUUGAGUUGAUGAAGAAUGGGGAAUUGGCACCUCCAAAUUUAGCAACAUACAGAGUUAUGGUUUGCGGAUUCUGCAACAAUGGUGAUAUAAGAAAAGCACUUGAUAUAUUUGAAGAAAUGUUGAUAAAUAAUAUCACUAUAGAUAGGUUCAUAUGUGAAGCUGUUCUUACUUCACUCUGCAAACAAGGGUGGUUUGUAGAAGCAUAUAAAUACCUUGAUACCAUGUCCAGAAAUGGGUCUGCGGUUUCUUAUACAGUGUGGAAAAGGGUGUUUUACUCGUUGAUUGACGAUAGAGAUCGGCUCUUUCAUUAG